UUCAUCACUUCAUAUGACUGGCAUCCUCCUCUCACACCAGGUCACUGCGUUCUGAACUUCUCACUCCUUCCUCAGCAGCACCCGUUAUCUACCUGACCUCAGAGGUGCCUCAGCAACAAUCUUCAAGGCUGAUUCGUCUUUAAGAGAAAUGAAGAUAUUAGGCCAGAUUGCUUUCUUGCUUCUGCUUGGGGGAAUCUGGUGCCAGAACAACCGUAAUGCUAAAGCUAGUGGCAAGUCCACCAAGAGGUCUGGUGGGAACCAAGGAGGUGAUGUUGGCCAGUCACCCCCUGUCGUUGAACUGACUCCUGGAAGCACUGGAGCCACUGGAAGUACGAGAGGCACAGGAGGUACUGGAGUAACUGGAGUUACUGGAGGCACAAGAAGCACUGGAGGCAGUGGAGGUACUGGAGUUACCUGCACUGGAGGCAGUGGAGGUACUGGAGUUACUGGAGGCACAAGAAGCACUGGAGGCAGUGGAGGCAGUGGAGGUACUGGAGGUACUGGAGGUACUGGAGGUACUGGAGGUACUGGAGGCACAAGAAGCACUGGAGGCAGUGGAGGGACUGGAGGUACUGGAGGUACUGGAGGUACUGGAGGCACAAGAAGCACUGGAGGCAGUGGAGGGACUGGAGGUACUGGAGUUACUGGAGGCACAAGAAGCACUGGAGGCAUGGCUGUAGCCGGACGGGAGAGCGCUGCGGGGGCUCGAACAGCUGGACAGCAGACAAAUGAUAUGAGGCUGCAUUUCCUCAAGAACACCCAAGUCACAUGUAAUGAUGGAACAGCAGCUGGGUUUUACCUAAAGGAGUUCAGAGGAAGCCGCCGAUGGCUGUUAUUUCUGGAAGGUGGCUGGUGCUGUCACAGCAGAGAGACCUGUGAUUCCAGGUACCAAAAUAUCCCACGACUAAUGAGCUCAUCAGGGUGGCCCCAAACAAAAAGAGGAACCGGACUACUUUCUUCCCAAGCAGAGGAAAACUCUCACUGGCAUAAUGCAAACAUUGUAUUCAUCCCGUACUGUUCCAGUGAUGUAUGGAGUGGUACUGGGCCGACCCCAACCCCCCCGCCACGGCCACGACAAGGAAGAGAGAAAGAAAGAGCGCAAGAUGCAAACACAACUGAGUACACCUUCAUGGGAUCCCUGAUCAUCCGAGAGGUCAUCAAAGACCUCAUCCCCAAAGGAAUCAAGCUGGCCAAGAUUGUAAUGCUGUCUGGCACAAGUGCUGGCGGGACAGGUGUUUUGCUGAACAUCGAGAGGGUGGCCAGUCAGCUGGAGCAGCUGGGUGCCGAGGCUCAGGUCCGAGGCCUGGUGGACUCUGGCUGGUUUUUAGAGAGUAAGCAGCAGAGAUCACCCAACUGUCCCGAGACUGUCUCCUGCUCACCUGAAGAUGCCAUCAAGAUAGGACUCAGGUUGUGGAAUGGGGUUGUGCCUGACAGGUGUCGGCAGCUCUAUAAGAGAGGAGAGGAGUGGCAAUGCUUCUUUGGACACAAACUCUACUCUACCUUGACCUCCCCUCUGUUUGUUGUGCAGUGGCUGUUCGAUGAGGAGCAGCUGAGGGUCGAGAACAUCUACAUGGGAGGACAGAGUCUGUCUGAGCAGCAGUGGCAGUAUAUACAGAACCUGGGCAGAGAGCUCACGACCUCCCUAAGAGAUGUCACGGCUGUAUUUGCUCCGUCUUGCCUCUCCCACACAGUGCUGACUAGAAGCAACUGGAUGACUUUCCAAGUCCGAGGUACUUCUCUGCCGCGGGCCCUGCACUGCUGGGACAGGAGCCUGGAGGCAACGCGCAACAACAGGACUCCAGCCAAAGGUUGUCCUUUUCACCUGGUCGACACCUGCCAGCGGCCCCAGUGCAACCCCACCUGCCCGGCCUUGGUGGACCAGGCCACCCAGCAGGAGCUUACCCUGCUCCAGAUGCUAGUAGCCAUGGGCCUCAACCUUCAGUGGCUGGGCUUGGAUCCCCAGGGAGAUGCAGAUUCUCUUGCCAGCAUGGUCAGCAACGGUGGCUAAGUGUAUGAAUGGAAAGCAGCUCCAGAGAAAGCCUGACAAAGGCCUAACAGAGGGAAAUGUUUUGAAAUUUAAAUGUAACCAUAGAAAUAGUACAAAAAUCUGGUUACUACGUCUUGUGCUGCUCAGCAUUCCAUUAUGCUCCAUGUGUCUGUUAAAUUGGUGGCUGGUGGGUAUGUCACUGUGUCUGGGUGUGAGUGGUUUGGCUCUCCCUCUACUGGACACCAGAGGAAAGAGCUUUAGGCCUAAACUAAAGGUGUUUCACUUGUAGUGGUGGGAGAGCUUAAGAUUUUAGCAGGUGGUUGGACAUACUGUGCCAUCUACAGCUCACUGUCAUCCUGAUCACUCAACAUGAAAAUUCUACUUCAGAGCAUGGUAGUAGAGUUGAUAAAGAGGCUCCUGCAAGAAGCCAGGGGCACAAACAUGUUGCUUGGACAGGAAAGAAACAUGCGUACAUCAUAUACUGCAGUUGUUAUGUUUAAAUUUGCUCUAGAUAUAGGUUAAUUUAUUAUCAUUGUACACAACAGUCAUACUUUUCAUAUGAUUGCAAUUUUUUAGGAUGGGACGAUUCUGAUUCUCACACAACAAAAUUCAGAGCACUCCAAAAGUGCACUCACAGCGAUAAAAGUUUUUAAAUAAAUACAUAAAGCUUUUGCACACAGACAAAGACAGUGAGUUGUAUGUAUGCUCAUGUGUGAUCAUUGAUAUCGGCAGGAGAUCAUCUCUGAGAGAGAGAGUAGAUCAUACUACAGACAUAAUUUCUUCUCAUGUAUAGAAAAUAUAUAAAACAUAAAUAUAUUAAAACAUAAUAUAUAUAUAUAUCCUUUCAUUUAACUUAUUUACUUACAAAAGAAAAAAGAUCCAUAAAAAACAACAACAACCGUGGUUAUUCACCACUCCACUGUUGGGAUCAUGUGUAUCCAGUGAUAUCCAAAGACAUAAUACAGACUUUGUAUUGCAAACCUUUAUUGUCAUUAUUUAAAACCAACCUUUUUCAUAAUGUCAUGCUACUUUUACCAGGCAUUUGCAGAUGUUACUGUAACUGUGUGUUUUAAUUUCUUCUAGGUACUGUAUGAUGAUCAUAUGAUAUCAUAUGAUAAGGAUUUGACUAGAAUGUACCUGCUGGUAAUAAGUAUCAGACUGAAUUGUUGCACAUGUUGAAACAGGGAA